AUGGACGAGAAGGUUUUCCAGAGAUUUAAUGGCGACAAAGUUACAGACGAUAUGCUCGAGGAAGCCUCAAAGCUCUUCUCCGAGAAUUAUGGGGUUUGGAGUGAGCACGCGGCACAGCUGAUGGGAAAGUUUGCGAAAGCGGGUAGUCGCGUUCGGCUAAGCAAAGAAAGGCUUCGAAACGAAUACCUCCCUAGCGGCAUCUCCUCAUAUGUUAGAGUCUCCGUCAAUGGUCAUCUUGCUGGUAAUGCUUUCGCCUGCCGCUGGACUGUGAAUGGAAGGACUAUUUGCUGGAUCACCCAAUUAGUGGUCCACAGCGACUACCGUGAACGUGGGCUUGCAUCUGGACUCCUCAAUGAGAUCAAACUUGAUGGAGAUGAUGCUUACGGCAUUAUGAGCUCUCAUCCAGCUGCCUGUCUAGCUGCUUCAAAGGCAUUCGGAAGCUCCAUGAAUACCGUCUCAUUUGAAUACAUGAAAGUCAAUGCAGAAUCGAUAAUGCAAGCUUCACCAGUACGCUAUGUUCGAAAUGCCAAGCUACGGGGUAAGCUUUUCGAUCCCAAAGAUGCUAGUGGUCUUGUGUCAAGUGUUGAUACUGGAUUCUACGUUGACCACGAAGAGCCACUUGAGGCGUUGGCAUGGGUGCGGGAGUCGAUGGAGUGGCCUUUGGGUGAACUAUUGGAUGGCCACGAAUUUAUCCUUAUUCUUCCAGCCAGGCGUCGUUCUCGGUCUAGUUCAGCGCGCCGGAGUGGAACAUCUUAA